AUGAUUCGCAGCAUCUUCCUUUCCAGCACGCUGCAGAAGAUAGGCUUGUUGCGUUCUGCAAAAAAGAAAAGACAAAGAUGGUACGUCGACAAAGAUAAUGAGCCGAUGGAACUACGGCGGUUAUUAGCAGUGCCUUCGGUUUCCUGUCACGUGGAGGAAUUAUCCAGAUUGGCCGAUCAGCCGCUCAAGCAGUCAUUCAGUUCAGGAACGGCCGACGGUGACGAAUCUUCAGGCAACCGAGCGCUAUAUGCCUUGCUCGAAAAAGUGGAUAACUCCACCAACACCACCGAACUGCUUGAUGUGGCAUCAGAAUCGUUCAGAACUUACCUGGGAUUGGAAGUUCUGUUUCCCAAAGUGUCCACGCCCACUGGCGAUGAGUUCGAUGUGCCAGAGCAAGAUCUCCAGGGGGCAGGUCCUCCGGAUCAACUCCCGUAG